CGCUAUGUGCAGAGCUGUUUUGAAAGGCAGAAAAGCACUUCUUACCCUAACAAAGGACCUAAAGUUCCCUCUCUGAGCACAACUUUUAGAUUUUCACAUCAGAUUUAGCGUGACCAAAACUCUCCCAGUCUACCCAGUUCUAUUGUGAGGAGUGACUCGGAGGGUUCACUCAGGCACUGUUGGCAGUGGCAUCUCCAAAUUCCACUUGUCUGCCAAGUACUGUCAGUUCUACAAAUUCUUCCUGUUACUUCUUCUAAUUAGUUCUGGAGCACCAACUGUGGAUGGGCUAUGAAGAGUCUGAAGUCAGCAUGCAGUGUUGAAGCUGUAUCUGAUCAUCGUGUGGAGUCCUGUCUUUUAUUAACAUGCUUUUAGUGAUGGCAUGAGCAACCUCCCCACUGAAAACAAGGUCAAGCUUCAUAAGGGACGAGAACGGAUAAAGCUGGCCAUGUCACGGGUCCCAACCCCCCCUCCUCCGGGGGAGAUGACAUCAGGACCUGUGGCAGAGAGCUGGUGUUACACACAGGUUAAAGUAGUGAAGUUCUCCUACAUGUGGACAAUAAACAACUUCAGUUUUUGCCGAGAGGAGAUGGGAGAGGUGCUUAAAAGUUCCACCUUCUCUUCUGGUCCCAACGACAAAAUGAAGUGGUGCUUAAGAGUGAAUCCAAAGGGACUGGAUGAUGAGAGUAAAGAUUACCUCUCUCUCUACUUACUGCUUGUAAACUGUCCAAAAAGUGAAGUGAGAGCAAAGUUUAAAUUUUCUCUAUUAAAUGCCAAAAGAGAAGAAACUAAAGCCAUGGAAAGUCAAAGAGCAUAUCGCUUUGUCCAGGGAAAGGAUUGGGGCUUUAAAAAGUUUAUUAGGCGAGACUUUUUACUUGAUGAAGCUAAUGGACUUCUACCAGAUGACAAGCUUACUCUAUUUUGUGAGGUGAGUGUCGUACAGGACUCUGUGAACAUCUCGGGUCAGUCCAACAUGAACAUGCUGAAAGUGCCAGAGUGCCAGUUGGCCGAUGACCUGGGCAGCCUGUGGGAAGGAUCCAGGUUUACGGACUGCAGCCUGUUUGUAGGAGGACAGGAAUUUAAAGCACACAAAUCCAUCCUGGCAGCACGAUCGCCAGUAUUUAAUGCCAUGUUUGAACACAGAAUGGAGGAAAGUAAAAAGAAUCGCGUGGACAUCAGUGAUGUUGAACCAGAUGUGUUUAGGGAGAUGAUGGUUUUCAUCUAUACAGGCAAAGCUCCAAACCUAGACAAAAUGGCCGAUCACCUGUUAGCUGCAGCAGACAAGUAUGCUCUGGAAAGACUAAAGGUGAUGUGUGAGGAGGCUUUGUGUAACAGUCUGUCUGUCGAGAACGUGGCAGACAUCCUCAUUCUAGCAGACCUACACAGUGCCGAACAGCUCAAAGCACAAGCCAUAGACUUUAUCAACAGAUGCAGCGUCCUCAGACAGUUGGGCUGUAAAGAUGGAAAGAACUGGAAUAGCAAUCAUGCCGCAGACAUAAUGGAGACCGCAGGCUGGAAAGCCAUGAUCCAGUCCCAUCCUCACCUAGUGGCAGAAGCCUUCCGUGCCCUCGCUUCAGCCCAGUGCCCUCCCUUCGGCCUGCCCAGGAAACGACUAAAGCAGUCCUGACCCCCGCCGCAAAACAUUUUCAAAGGACAUGACCCCCAGCCCUGUCUCCCUUAUACCCUGCCACUCCCUUUGGUUUACUGGAGCCUUUUUGGAGGACUGCACUUACUCACGGUGCUCUUUGGUUACUGCGGAGGAAGACGGCACCUGCUUAAAAAACGGCUGCCUCCAAGCUGGCUGGACUCUGCUCAGUUGAUGUGUCAUUUGAGAAAUAGCCUUACAGGACACGCCCACGCUCUCCAGGCCUGUCCAGGUUGCACUAACUCUUCCAUAGCACCCUAGUUUUAAGGUGACUUUAAAGGAUCUUCGUCCGUCAAGCGUUCUCCGCCGGGGCACAUUAGCUGGCAUCCAGGAUGGUAAAGCCCUAUCUGUGAUAUUGGCAUUUUGGAGGGGAAUAAAAGAAACAGGAAAAAUGUUUGUGAACUCACCAAAUCAUCCACACAUCAAGUGUGAAAUUGUUUCCACUGACGAUUUUUUUAAAACAAUGUUGUUGCCCAUGUUGUUCGCAAAAAAUGUUUACUAGUAUGUUUAACACCAGUAAAUAUGGACGGGCAUAAGUAUUAACUGAGAUUCAGCGUUAGAAUACUUGGUGAAAUGUGAUGCAUUCGUUCAGAGUAUGUAAUUAUGAGUAUUACAUGAAAGCAGAACUGAAUAUCUUGAUAUUUUGCACCUACAUAACUUGGGUAAAUAUGAAGAUUUGUUAUAUUGUUUACAAGACAUUUUUCCUUUUCACACAAAAUUAUUUUUGACUUUUUUUGUUGUAUGGAGUUUAUUUUCCAUGAUUAGCAGCUUUGCUUUAUCAGAUGAGAGUUUUUUGUGUUUUGGAAAAUGUGUUGUGGUUUAAAAACAAACUUUGGUUUAAAAACAAACUUUGGUUUAUUGCUUUCAGAUUAAA